CUGGUAAAUGUUUCAGUACUAAAAAGGCAAAAUGAAAGAGGGGCUUUAGGGCAAAACCGCGCGCUUCCCCCCAUCUUCCUGUUUCCCUCCGUGCUCCUCCGGCGACGCAGCGCCGACGGUGCAGGUUUCCGGCGUCUUAUCCUCCAGCUUCGAUUCCAGCUUCUAUCGACUGCAUAAGAUGUCUUGGUGUACUAUUGAAUCCGAUCCAGGUGUUUUUACGGAAUUGAUUCAACAAAUGCAAGUAAAAGGGGUGCAGGUGGAAGAAUUAUACUCUUUGGACCUGGAGUCUCUAAGUAAUCUCCGACCAGUUUAUGGGUUGAUCUUCCUUUUCAAAUGGCAGCCAGGAGAGAAAGAUGAUAGGCUUGUAAUUAAAGACCCAAACCCGAACCUAUUUUUUGCAAGUCAGGUUAUCAAUAAUGCUUGUGCAACUCAGGCAAUUCUUUCUAUUCUUCUGAAUUGCCCGGAUAUUGAUAUUGGCCCAGAAUUAACUAUGUUAAAGGAUUUUACUAAGAACUUCCCUCCUGAGAUGAAGGGGUUGGCAAUAAAUAACAGUGAAGCAAUUCGGACUGCCCACAAUAGCUUUGCUAGGCCAGAACCUUUUGUUCCUGAAGAGCAGAAGACUGCAACAAAGGAUGAUGACGUUUAUCAUUUCAUAAGUUAUAUACCUGUUGAUGGUGUGCUCUAUGAACUUGAUGGACUGAAGGAAGGUCCUAUCAGUCUUGGCCAUUGUCCUGGUGGUAAAGAUGACAUGGAAUGGUUGCAGAUGGUUCAGCCAGUUAUUCAGGAAAGAAUAGAGAGGUAUUCAAGGAGUGAGAUAAGGUUCAACCUGAUGGCAGUUAUAAAGAACAGGAAGGAAAUGUACACCGCUGAACUAAAGGAGCUGCAGAAGAGGAGAGAAGUCAUACUACAACAACUUGCUGCUGCACAAGCAGAGAGGAUGGACAUGGAUUCAGGUAAAGGAAUGGGCACAAGGGGCAGUGUUAUUGAAGGGUUGAACAAGUCACUUGCCGAUGUGACUUUUGGAAUUGAGAGUGCGACAGAGAAGAUCCUAAUGGAGGAAGAAAAGUUCAAGAAAUGGAGAACAGAGAAUAUCAGAAGGAAGCAUAAUUACAUACCUUUCUUAUUUAAUUUUUUGAAGAUCCUAGCAGAAAAAAAGAUGCUGAAGCCACUAAUUGAGAAGGCUAGAGAGAAACAGUCCGCCCAAAAUGAAAGGUAAUUUAAUGUUUACUUUCUAUACAUGGCAAAUCAACUAUCACCUGUUUUAACCUCUUCCAAGCUGAUCACUGAAAGAAGAUGUGUAAGUAGGCAAUUUGCUUGGAAUGCCUCGGUGGCUGUGGCAAUCUUUUUGUUUUUGUUUUGGCCUUCUCUAUUUUUCCUGUCCAUUGUUUUUGGACUAUUUUGGAUCUCUGGUAACUACCCUUCGCUAUGUAUCACAGUCUCUUGAUUCCGGCAACAGUUUGCAUUUCUUGACCA